AUGGCAGCACUCACGCUAGGCCGUCUGGUUCUGACCCACGUACUGGUGGCUCUCUUCGGCAUGGGCUCGUGGGCUGCCCUCAACGGGAUCUGGGUGCAGCUGCCUGUGGUGGUAAAAGACCUUCCAGAGGGUUGGAGCCUCCCCUCAUACCUCUCUGUGUGUGUGGCGCUGGGGAACCUGGGUCUGCUGUUGGUGACCCUAUGGAGGCGGCUGGCCCCGAGCAAGGGCGAGCAGGUCCCCAUCCAGGUGGUACAGGCUCUGAGUGUAGUGGGCACAGCCCUGCUGGCUCUUCUGUGGCAUCACGUGGCACCAGUGGCAGGGCAGCUCCACUCUGUGGCCUUCCUAACGCUGGCCUCGGUGCUGGCACUGGCCUGCUGCACCUCUAAUGUCACUUUUCUGCCCUUUCUGAGCCACCUGCCACCUCCUUUCUUACGGUCUUUCUUCCUGGGUCAGGGGCUCAGUGCCCUGCUGCCCUGUGUGCUGGCCCUAGUGCAGGGUGUGGGCCGUGUCCAGUGCUCGCCAGCCCCCACCAAUGGCACUUCUGGGCCACCCCUUUACUUCCCUGAGCGUUUUCCUGCCAGCACGUUCUUCUGGGCACUGACUGCCCUUCUGAUCACUUCAGCUGCUGCCUUCCAUGGUCUCCUGUUGCUGCUGCCAUCACUACCAUCUGUAUCCACAGAGGGUCUAGGGCCUGCACUGCCAGUGGCAGCCCCACAAACAGAGGAGGAGGAGGAGGAAGAGGUCUUGCCAUUGCAGGAGCCACCAAGCCAGGCAGCAGGCACCAACCCUGGCCCAGACCUUGAGACUCACUGGCUGUUCUCAGCCCAGGGUGCCUGCCUGCUGGGCCUCCUGGCUGUCACCAGUGCACUGACCAAUGGUGUCCUGCCUGCGGUGCAGAGCUUUUCCUGCUUGCCCUAUGGGCGCCUGGCCUACCACCUAGCUGUGGUGCUGGGCAGUGCUGCCAAUCCCCUUGCCUGUUUCCUGGCCUUGGGCGUGCUGUGCAGGUCCCUGGCAGGUCUGGGUGGCCUCUGUCUGCUGGCCAUGUUCUUUGGGGCCUAUGUGAUGGCGCUGGCAAUCCUGAGCCCCUGCCCACCCCUGGUGGGCACCUCUGCAGGCAUGGUUCUUGUGGUGCUAUCAUGGGUGCUGUGUCUGGGCACAUUCUCAUACGUGAAGGUAGCUGCCAGCUCCCUGCUGCAUGUCAGGGGCCGGCCUGCAUUGCUGGCAGCUGGUGUGGCCAUCCAGGUGGGCUCCCUGCUUGGUGCUGGUGCCAUGUUCCUUCCUACCAGCAUUUACCGCAUGUUCCACAGUGGAAAAGACUGUGUAGAUCCCUGUACACCCUGA